GACCGGAGAUUAUAAGAGGACCCGCGCGGCGAGCAGGAGGGCCAGUCCCAAUCCGAGUGUGCGCCGCCGCGUUUCAGGUGAUCCGGUAGGCGGAUGAGCAGUCACCGUUUUCCCUCGACCGAGUAAACCACGACCCCCGACCCCGAAGAUGCCCGCCACGGAAGUGUCCCCCAGCCUCAGCGCGUCCCCCCUGACCUCCGGCUCCGACACGGAGCCGGAGAGCGAGUCCCGGUUCCUGCCGCUCAGAAAACUCCCGGUGUUCAGCAACGGCAACGGCUUGAAGAAGGAGCCGGAAGCGGAGAGGCGGAAGUCGAGCAACGGGUGGCAGCGCGAGCCGGAAACGGAAGAGAAGUUCCGGAGUCUCGUCGACGCGUCGCAGGAGGGCUUCAUCCGCGAGGCGGUCGAGAUCCUCAUCGAGAAAGGGGUCUUCGAGUCCACCCGACGGGAGAACCGCGUCCUCGAAUGGCGCCACCCGGAGGAGCUGGAGCGGAUCUUCGACUUCGACCUGAGGAAAACCCCCGAGUCUCACCAGAGGCUCCUGGCUCUCAUUAAGGAUACCAUCAAGUACAGCGUCAAAAUCGGACACCCCUACUUCAUCAAUCAGCUGUAUUCCAGCGUUGACCCGUACGGAUUGGUAGGACAAUGGCUGACAGACACGCUGAACCCGAGCGGUUACACGUACGAAGUUUCGCCGGUGUUCACGCUGAUGGAGGAAAAAGUCCUCUCGGAAAUGCGGAAGAUGGUCGGUUUCCACGGAGGAAGCGGCGACGGCGAUGGAAUCUUCUGUCCCGGCGGCUCCAUGUCCAACGGAUACGCCAUCAGUUCCGCAAGAUAUCACAAGUUCCCGCAAGUCAAGACAAAAGGAUUACAAUCACUUCCUAGACUGGUGCUCUAUACUUCUGCAGAUGCUCACUACUCAAUAAAGAAAAUGGCUUCACUUCAAGGCUUGGGAUCAGAUAAUGUGUGUCUAAUUCCAACGGACAGCAGAGGGAAAAUGGAUCUCAAUGAGCUGGAGAAGAGCGUUGAGGCAACCUUGAAAGACAAUGCCGUUCCAUUCUUGGUGUCAGCCACAGCAGGGACAACUGUCUUAGGAGCAUACGAUCCAAUUGAAGGAAUUGCAGACAUUUGCAAAAAGUACGACAUGUGGCUGCAUGUUGACGCUGCAUGGGGAGGUGGUGCCCUCAUGUCCAAAAGAUACAAACACCUUCUGAAAGGCGUUGAGAGAGCUGAUUCUGUGACAUGGAAUCCUCACAAGUUACUGGCUGCUCCUCAACAAUGUUCUACAUUUUUGACUCCCCACAAAAAUAUACUCUCCGAGUGCCACUCAGCUGAGGCACAAUAUCUCUUCCAAAAGGAUAAAUUUUAUGACAUGAAAUACGAUACAGGGGACAAACAUGUUCAGUGUGGUCGCCGAGUUGAUGUUCUGAAAUUCUGGUUUAUGUGGAAAGCGAAGGGUACUGAUGGUCUUGAGCAACACGUGGACACAAUAUUUGACAAUGCUGAAUAUUUCACCAGAAAAAUCAGAGAUCAUCCAAACUUUGAAUUGGUUCUAUCUGAGCCUGAGUGCACAAACAUUUGCUUCUGGUACAUCCCUCCCAGCUUGCAAAACGUUAAGAGAGAUGAAGAAUACUAUUGUAAAUUAAAUACGGUUGCACCAAAGAUUAAAGAACGAAUGAUGAAGGAUGGAACAAUGAUGGUUACAUACCAACCUCUUGACGAUUUACCUAACUUCUUCCGAUUAGUGAUACAAAGUUCUGGACUCAACCAUUCUGAUAUGGAUUUCUUUGUUGAGGAGAUACAGAGACUGGGUAAAGAUUUGUAGGCUGUUUUAAAUUAUCCUAAAUUAUUUUCCUACUCAAAGUUUGUAGUUACCUGUUUUGUCUGCAUACCUAUUUAUUUUAUUCUCUGAUACUGACGCUUGUGAUAUUUUGUUGUAAAAUUGUAAGUAUUUAUGUAUUGUUGAAUGAUUCAGCUAGAAUGUUGAAUAUACCAAUAAAUUGAAAUAAAAAAGACA